AUGCCACCUAUUUAUAAAAAGAAGAUGCUCCAAGAGUCUAUUUCUGAAAGGAAGAAUUCCUACUUUUAUCCUAAACUGACAAUCAAGAAAGAAAUGAAGAAGGAAGUCAAAAAAGAAGAUAAAAAGAUGCUCAAUUAUUUCAAGAAACCUACCAAACAAGCUAAAGAAAAGAUUGUGUCCUUUGAUAUGACUGAUUCAUACAGUGCUUCUCUUCCAGGCUUGUCUUCUACUGUAGAUGAUGGCUCUAGUGUAUAUACCAUGAAUUCUUUUUCUUCUGCACCAUGUCUCCCAUCCAUCUCAAAUCUACUCAUGCAUACCUCUUCUCCUACAGACUUGCCUAGCUCUCUUGAUGCUCCUAAUCGCAUGAAUAACACCCAUGGUGUCUAUUAUGGAAUUGACUCAUCUACUCCUUAUUAUAGAAGUUUUUCUUAUGAUGAUGAUUACGGCUACAGUUAUCCUCGCUAUCCAUAUAACGGCUCUUUUCAUCAAUAUCAACAGAGACAGCAGCAACACUAUUACUCUAAUGAAAAGUAUGCUAGACCCAAUCGCAUUGCCUACAAUGGUUCUACAGCUGGUCCAAACUUGGUACUACCUUGGAUUCCUUACUAUUUCCAUCACAAGCAAUUCGGUAUUGAAGCAUGCAUGGCUCAAUUAGAAGAAAACAAGAAGCAAAAAGAGCAAUCCAAGUAUAUCACAAACUUUUAUAGCGAUCUUUCUCUUUGA